GGCCGAGCGCGGCUGUCGGGCGGUAACGAUGUCCCUGCAGGGGUUUGGCAGCGAGAUCGCCGACAGCACCAGCCGCCGGGAUUAAACCUUGGUCUUCCCGGGAGCACCGCCGCAGCAGCGCGGAACGACACCAGAUGGGGAAGCCAUAGAGAGUUUGUACCAUGGCAGCAGAUGAGGAUGGACUGGGACUGUACGAUAUCCGCUACAGUGCUGAAACUUCCCCCUUCAGGGAAGGAGAUGAGAGCUCUGUGGAUAUUUAUGAUGGCUUGGACAGCAGUUUGUCGGUUUCUGACAAUUUUGCUCCAAAUACUACACCAUCUAGAAGCAGCUUAAAUUUAUUUGAUGAGAUAUUAAUUGAAGAAGGGACUGCAAAGAAAGCAUCCUAUGAUGAGUUGCAGGCAGAAUAUGGAAAAUGUCAGCAGCAAAUUAAAGAGUUGAUGAAGAAAUUUAAAGAAAUACAGGCACAGAAUAUCAUUCUACAGAAUGAGAACCAGGCUCUCAAAAAGAAUAUUUCAGCCCUUAUCAAAACAGCAAGAGUGGAAAUUAACCGUAAGGAUGAAGAAAUCAGUCAUCUGCAUCAGAGGCUGUCAGAAUUUCCCAACCAUCGAAGCGUUUUCACCAGAACAUACCUUCCAGGAGCAACUAAAACUAAAGAUUCCAAAUUCAGACCUUCUGAUUUUGGUGAUAACAUGAAGAUGGAGCACAGAAUGAAGAAUGACUGUUCAAAAGAUGCAUACCACAGUUACUCAUCUCACAGCACGGACAGUGGGAAGUGUGGCUCUGAGAAAAGGAACACUCCACUUUUGCCAAGGUACCCUCCUGAGGAGCUCUGCAGUGAUGGUGCUCACACGUGUGCACUGAGCUAUGACCAUACCUCCACCAAGGAGAACAGAAAGGAAAGAAAAGAAACCAAAAGCAAUGAACAGCACAGCAGGGGAAGUGGCAGCAAAUACAAAAGAGAAGUACAUCAGAGCACUGGAAAUGAUGGGGACAGCGAGGAGGGGAAUGUGGAUCCUCAACAGAAGCUGAAAACCCUCUCAGAGAAGGCUAGUAAAAAUGAAUUGCAACAAAAAAGUCAGAGCACAAAACUCAAAUGCAGUCCAAGUGUGGAAAGAAGAGUAGAAAGGGGUGUUUCUUCCUGGGAGAAACAGACAGCUGGUAAAGACAGAUUUCAAGCAAGAGGUGAAUUGUAUACUGAUGAGAGAUCACAAAAUGUAUUAAAAAAGGACAAUAAAACACAUGAUAAAGGUGAAAAACAUGCUGGCCAAAAAAAUAAACCAAAUGAGAAGCUGCAAGAACAAGCAAGGAGGCCUAGCAGGGGAAGCAGUCCACACUCCAAGAAUGACCAUUCAAAGAGUCUUCAUGAAUCACAUAAAUGUCGUGCAGAGGAGUCUAGAAAAGUAAAGCACGCUGACUGCAAGAGAGACAGGGGCACAGAUGAUCAUGGCUCUCGAGAAGGAAGGACUUCACCUUCUAAUUCCAGCAGCAGAGAGCAUAAAUAUGCACGCUUGAAGGAAAGCAGCAGUAGACAUGAAUGGGAAACAGCACAUUCCAAAUCAGAAAGACACAGAACUGAGGAAAAAAGGAAAAGGGAAAGAGAGGAUCAGGAUGAAAAUAGACAUUUUAGAAAUGAAAAAAAAGUUGCAAAAGAAUUUUCUCACCAAUCUGUAAAAGACUCCAAGAAAGGUACCCAUGGUACAAAAAGUGAGAGAAACAAAUCCUCUAAGCUGGAAGAAACAUCCAGAGUAGCAGGCACCUUAAAAGAUGAUAAGGUACCCAAAACUAAAGGUAAUCACACUGGGCAAAAAAACAAAGACUUAAAACUUAGCUUUAUGGAAAAGCUAAAUUUAACUCUUUCUCCUAAUAAAAAACAAUUUCUCUCUGCAAUGGAUGGACUUAAAGCACCUUCCCAAAAAGCCACUGAUGAGGGAGGUGCAGAGCUCACACUGCAAGCAGAGCUCUUAGAUUGUGCCCACCCUGUAGACUGUGGUCCCACAGGGCACAGUCAUUCAGCACUACAGGUUCUGGACACUGCAGCUCAGAGCAGCAUGGAACCAGCACUGCCUGUUGCUGCCGGUUCUGGAAAUGGAGCCUUGAAAGCAGCAGCAGAUCCAGCACGGGCUGAGGCAGUGCCUGCAGUCACAGCUGAUGAACCAAGCUCAGAAACCUUACCAGAAGAAGAAGAAGGGGGUCAGGUACAGCCCCAAGCCUUGCCAGCAGCAGCAAAGGUGCUGGUUCCUGAUGAGAUGGACUCUGAAACGCCUUCAGAAGCAGCAGAGACUUGUGAUCCAGCUGAAUUGGAAGCGUCAGUAAAAACAGCAGCAGUGACAGGUCUGAAGCACCCUGAAUGUUUGCCCCUGGAGGUGACAGGGAGUGUGGCAGAGUGUGAAAAGCUGCCUGUGACAGAGGGUGAGAUGCAGGAUGAUUAUGUACCAGCAGCACAAGUGGCAGGACCUGAACCUGCAAGUGCAAGUAUGGGAGACCUUUUGGAGUCAGCAGAGAAGAAAGAGGAAGAUAAAAUAUGGCUGGCUGCUGACACAGAAAGCUCUGCAGAUCAAAGUGGCUCUCAAAAUGCUGGCUUAGAUGACUCAGAAGCCAGAAGUUCUGGUGACCUGGAGUCCUCUGACAUUGCAGAUGAUAGCAGUGAAACAAAACCAGACUCUUUAAUGGAAGUAGUGAGGGAUGAUGAUCACCUGGCUGCAGAAAAUGUUGACUAUCCCAUUGAGGAAAAGAGUAUCUGUGAAGUUAAUACAAGUACAUCUCAUUCACUGGACAGAAUUAGGAUAAGUGAUAAGGAUAAACCACUAGUUGACCAGAAUACUUGUGAUCUGGGGCCAGACCUAGCUGAUAACAGUACUGCAACAGCAUCUUCUCUCAGUGGUGAGAUGUGCCCUGUAACUAAAGAGAGAGUAUUAACUAACCCAGUUUGUGUUGAUGAUGACAGCUCAAUUCUGAGCAUUGAUCUCAAUCACUUGAGGUAUAUUCCAAAGGCAAUCAGCCCACUGAACAGUCCAAUACGUCCCCUGGCUAGAGCACUGAGGAUGGAAAGUCCCUGCAAAGGCCUUGUGAAGACUUACAACAAAGAUUUAAUGCCUGAAAGUACUGUUGUCAUCUGUCCCUCAAAGAACUUGUCAAAGGAAGUAAACAAAGAAAAUCAAAAGCCAAUGAGCAUGUCUGAUGAACACUUAGAGAUGGAGUCUCGGCUGAGUAUCUCUUCUGAUGAAAUAGAAGAAGGUGAAAUCAUAAGUAGUGAUGAAGAUAAAGAAAGAUCUAAACCAGAGAGAGGCUCUGAAAAUACUAAAAAGUCAAGACCAAAAGCUUCUUCUGAGACACGAAAUUUAACCAGCAGCCCACAGAAUCAAAAUAGCAAAACUGUGCACUGCAAUGAAGAUAAUGGAAAAUUUGUUUCUGUGCAAGUAAGCACACAGAAGAACAGAGAGAGGCAUAAAAAUCAGACCUUCAGAUCUUCAAAGAAUACGAAGAAAAACAAAACUGUGAGCAUUGCUUGUCUUGAAAAAAUAGUUCAUGUUAUUGUUGAACCUUCAAAUAUACAAGAAAUCAUGCAGAUGCUCAGAGCUAUACGAAAACAGAUGAGGAAAAGUUAUAUGAAGUUCAAAGUACACUUCCCAGUUCAGCAUUUUCACAGAAUUAUAGAAUCUGGGAUCAUAAAUUUUACAGCAUUAAUAAGAUACUUGAACUUUUCCAAGAUGUGUGCAUUAGGUGAUACGUUAAAAUUGAAUAUCUGUGAUAUUAUAGAGUCAAAACUUAAACAAGUUAAAAAGAACGCAAUAGUGGACCGUCUUUUUGACCAGCAAGUAUCAGAUAUGAAAAAACAGUUGUGGAAAUUUGUAGAUGAACAGCUUGAUUACUUAUUUGAAAAGAUAAGGAGAAUUAUAAUAAAGCUAUGUGAUGUGGAAAAUGAGAGCGAGGAAGGGAAGUUUGAAAGAGUUGGAAAGCAAAACCACAAGAUCAGUCAUAAAAAUGAUGUGGAGAGAUCUAGAAAAAAGUCCCCGAAAGAGGGUUCUCAAAAGCCUGAAGAAUAUAUUUCAAAACAAUCUGUGGAUUAUGAACAAUCUAACUGCCACCAUGAGAAAAAUAAGCCAGGUGCACCAAAAACUGCCCUUACAAAAUGUCUUAAUUCCAUUGAUAACACAAGAAAUUCCCAAACAAAAGUUCACCUCUCUAAAGAGAAUAAUUUACAAAACUCUCUUACUCCACUGAAGGGUGUGAAAUAUGAGAAGGAAGGUCUCCAGCUGUCCAGAGAUGCUAACAAGUCUGAUCUUAGUUAUGAGCUUCUCACAGAACAGCAAGCCUCCAGUCUUACAUUUAAUCUAGUAAGUGAUGCUCAAAUGGGUGAAAUUUUCAAAAGCUUAUUACAGGGUUCUGAUCUGUUGGAAAAAAAUGGUGGCAAUAUCAACAGAAAUGACUGUGAAUUCAGGACUCCAGAGAAACAGUUUUUAGACAGCCAUAAGUACAGGGAUAAUACUGUUGAACUGGAGCAAGACAUCAGUGCAAAGGAGGCAUGCAUGGAUUGUAAACUGGAUGAGGAUAUUAGUUGGACUAUUGUUUCACCUGUAAGAGCUCCCUCACUGGCAUCUAGGUCUCAGAUGCCUGUUGAUCCAGAUGUGCUGGAUGAGAGCUGUAUGUUUGAGGUUUCCACAAACUCAGCUUCGUGCAAAGAAGAUGAAUGCAAUUUACAGAAGAAUAAAUCUUGUAUUUCUUCUAUCCUCCUUGAAGAUUUGGCUGUUUCCUUAACCAUUCCAUCGCCUUUGAAAUCCGAUGCUCACCUCAGCUUCCUAAAACCUGAGAAUAAUUCCAGCUCAGCUCCAGAGGGUGUUGUUAGUGCACAUUACAGCGAGGAUGCACUUCUUGGAGAGGAGGAUGCCACUGAACAAGACAUUCAUUUGGCUUUAGAGUCUGAUAACUCAAGCAGUAAAUCAAGUUGUUCCUCGUCGUGGACAAGUCGGCCUGUUGCUCCCGGUUUCCAGUGUCGCCCCAGCCUCCCGAUGCAAGCAGUGAUCAUGGAGAAAUCCAAUGAUCAUUUCAUAGUGAAGAUCCGAAGGGCAGUGCCAUCUGCCUCACCAGCCUCUGAGCAGAUGGCUCCGGUGAAGGAGGCACAGGCAUCCUCAGCCAAGACUGGAAAAGGAGAAAUGAGAACGGGGGGAAAAGAAAAGGACAGCCAGAGUGCCACCGUGAAAGAAACUGUCAAACCAGAUGUGGUUAACAUGGAUCACUUGCCCCAUGUCAGCACUGAACAAGAACAGAAUCCUGCCUUAGCUCAGCCUCUGAAGGAGUCACACAGUAGUGUUGGAAAGGAAGAAACUACUGGCUUGCUUGUAACCUCUAGAAAAUGUUCAGACAAAGAGAGCCAUGACUCUGAAAGCCCAGAUAAAGGCUCUGAGCAAUCUGAGGCACAGAAAUUGCAAGUAUCUGAAAACAUAAAUGAAAUGCAUGUUAGAUCUCAGGAUUCUUUUCCUGCUGGAUGCAGUAAGAAGUCAUGCAUAACAGAUGGUAUUGUUGGUGGAGCUUCAUGUCAUACAGUGGAAUCCAGAGCAGAGAACAGGACUCAGGAAACUUCAACAGGAAACUCAGAAGUCAAUGAUAAAAAGGAAGAGCUGGAAGAGUGCUUGGAUUCAUCUGCAGACCUAACAGAAGAGCUUUCUAUUGAGACUGUAGCAAGUGAAUGUGAUCUUGAAACAAAACCCUGUUUGAAGACUAGUGGAGGGUGUCAGAUAAGUAUAGAUGAUAAAACUAAUAAGAAGAGGAAAAAAGAGACUAUCAAAGAGAAUUCCAAUUCAAAAAGGCAACGAAAAGGAACUGAAUCAGCAGGUGAGGGGAGUGAUGAAGGUAAUGUCAGGAUUGAAGAUAAAAAUUCAUCACCCAAGCAGUGUUCCAGUAAGAAGAAUGACCAGCAGAAUAAAGACUCUUCUCCCUCGGCUUCAUCUCCAUCCUCACCUAGCCUCUAUGCCAAAAACAUCAUUAAAAAGAAGGGAGAAGUCGUAGUUUCCUGGACAAGAAAUGAUGACCGAGAAAUUUUACUGGAAUGUCAGAGAAAAGGACCAUCAAGCAAAACCUUUCUUGCCUUGGCCACUAGGCUGAACAAAAGCCCAAGUCAGGUUUCAGAAAGAUUCAAGCAGUUAAUGAAGCUGUUCAAGAAAUCCAAGUGCAAGUAGACUCAAACCAAGUUUCUUCAUGAUUACAGGGCUCAGGUGUUACCUGCAGGGAUGAACUGGAGCUACUGCAUUCAUAUGGUGGGAUUAUGGAGAGGUAUCUGGGUCAGAAUACUGAGUUUGGUAAAUCCUGUGCACUGUCAGUAUUUACUUGUCUGAGUUUCCUCUGAACUCCUUUAACAGAGUAACACAGAGGGAACUUCACAAGCCAAGUGGCCAGGAAAGAAAGGGCUUUGACACUGCACACGGGGCAGUAUCAUUUCAAGGGGGUUGUCUCCUAUUAGUUAAAGGUGUUCUGUGGGUGGAGACAGGGGCAAGAGCGGGAGUGAUGGCUCUUGCUGCACUUGUUGGAAGUUCUGUGUGUGCUGAUGUUGAACUGUGAUCUCAAAAAGUAAGAGUGCUUUGGAAUCCAGUUGAUAGAUAAUCCUGGAAAAUGACAGGUAGGUCAUCUUGGUGACUGUGGAACAUAUUUUAAGAAGUGAGGUCUUUUUCUUUUAAAAUAAGGCAGGGCAAUGAUAGCAAUGAUUCCAAAAGUUGCUUAUCUAGUAAUUGAAUUCUGUUGCUCAGGAAGAGGUGGAUCUUGCAGCUUGUUCUUAACCGUUUGUGACAAUUGUUUACUUACUAGAGAUGUAAAUCUAACAGGAUCUGUUUUCAGAGCAGUCAGUGUGCAGGGUGGCAUAAAUGUUACUUUACAUGAACGCUCCUCCGCAAAGGCCAUUGUGUUUUUCUCUUCCAAAUUACAUCUGGAAAAGGUACUUUGUUUAGGUCUUCAACACAAUAAACAUUCUGUUUUGUUAAAAAAAACUAAAUAUCGAGGAGUGAUUUUCUUUUA